AGAGGAGAUUAGAUUAACACUCACUAGGAUGCUAAUAAAUUUAGAGGCAGGAAUGGAGAGCAAGAUUGUGUGUGUGCAAGAGAGAGAGAAAGCAAGAGAGAGGGGAUUGAAAAAAAAAAGCAUAAAAUGCAGGGUGAUUUCCCUCAUGAGGGAAGUUGAGCGGAGAACUAACAGGAAGCCUUUUCCCUCAAGAGGAAACAAAGUGUUGUUACUGUAAAAGCAGCUGACCUCGUGGCUUCUGUCGGGAAGGAAUGCAUGCCGAGGAGACAGACAGAGAGAUAAACAGGAGCUCAUACAGUAUAGAGGAUCACCCUCCAGUGCACACACACACAAGCUCUCUCACCCUCCCUCUCUCACUUUCUCUCUCACUCGCCCACUUACUCAGUAUCGUUUCAUCUCUCUCUCUCUCUUCCUCUCUCUCUCACUCACUCUCAGUCGCUGAGCUCUGACGGAUGGGGAUACACUGCCAAGGAGGACUUAGGGGCGAGAAGAGUGUGUUUCUUUUCUUCUCUGGUGUGUUUUCUCUCUCUUCCGCCUGGCUUCCCUCAUGAGCUGUUAAUUCCAGCCCCGGUCCCGAGGAUGAGGAGGAUCUAUUUGUGAGGAAGACACAACAAAAGGAAGAGAGAACAAGGAGCAACAGGGUGGUAAAUUCUGCGAGCGGGAGUGAGCGAGAAGAUCUUUUCUUUUUCUCCAGGCUUGAGCAAGGAGUCCUGACUCCCAGCAGUACCAGCCAUGUGAGCGGAGCUAUCAGCAAGCAGAGGAUGCCCACAUCCACCUAAAGCCGAGGAGGCCCCCCCCUCCCUCCCUCGCUCCCUCCCUCCCUUCUUCCCACAUGAGGACGAGAAGAUGACUAUCACCAGCCGGCAGUCCUUCAAUGUCCUGACGGUCAUUUUCCUCCUGCUGUCCACUGCAGCCCUUUCAGCUCAUUAUCGGGUGUGCGAACCCUACUCCGACCACAAGGGGCGUUACCACUUUGGCUUUCACUGCCCACGCCUCUCAGACAACAAGACCUACAUGUUCUGCUGCCACCACAACAACACCGCCUUCAAGUACUGCUGCAACGAGACUGAGUUUCAGAUGGUCAUGCAGAUCAACCUCACCACCACCUCAGACGGAUAUGCACACAAUAAUUAUACAGCCCUGGUUGGUGUGUGGAUCUACGGCUUCUUUGUCAUGGUGCUGCUGGCGCUGGACUUUCUCUACUACUCAGCCAUAAACUACGAGCUGUGCCGGGUCUACCUGGAGAAAUGGGGUCUGGGAGGACGCUGGCUGAAGAAGGCUCGGAGUCAGUGGCACAGGUCCAUGCCAGAGGAGAGUGAAGCCCAGGCUCAAGCCCAGCCAAUGGUGCCCAGCCACUACCAGCCCCGACACAGCCUCCGAGGGGAGAGCCACAGCCCUACACUCCUGCCCUACAACACAUCCACUGCAUGAAUGAUGCUGCAAGUGGACAAACUGAAGAGUAGCAACACCUUGUUCCCUUACAUGGCACAGAGGAGAUGCCCCACAGAUGCCCCUCUCUGGACCACAGAUAUAAAGACUACUGGUGGGCUAGCCAUACUGUAGUAGUUAGAAGUGACUACUGCCCCUUUCUAAUGAGCACAAAACACCCAUGGAGCGAUAGAAGCAGGCUGAUAUGGUAUUUAGGAACCCAGCUGAACAAGGUUUGCAAGAAAGCAGAGGACAGUACUGCUGCUGCCACAGCAGAGGAGGGACAGACACAUUCAGCUGCUCAUAGGUGUUCAGUGAUCCCCUGAAAUGGCUGCCAAGGCCUGGAGUAUCCCAAACAAAUCCAAGCUGAACUGGAUAAACUGUGCUCGCAAGCCAGGAGGCUUGCCUGUUUUUGAAAAAAAGAAAAAAAGUUCAUCUUUCUAGAUAUACAAUGUUUAGUACACUGCUGUGUCAGUUUGUGUUCAGUAGCAGUUAGACACAGUUGUGGGUUAUCUAUUUGGUGAUUUAUUUAUGUGAACUAGUCAGAGAAAUAUAUGAGUGGUUAACAUUCGGAACAUGUAACAGCUUAGGUUGAUGCUGAGCAUCUCACUUAGAGUAGAAUGUUUUUGUUACUUACUGAAACCAGACACAAAAUGUCUCUGCAGCCAUGUUGAAAAACAAUAUCUUGUAUGAAAUGUUUUAGAUCUCCUUUCUGCAAAACAAGUGAUUUCUCUAUAUUGUAACAUGUCUGGCAAGGACAUAACGCCAUACAGUGAAACUGCUGUGGAUCUAAAGGUUUUACUUGAGGUCAUCAAGAUUUCUCUUUGGUUUAUCGAUGGUGAGGAAAGGGAUCUUGAGUUUGAAUAACUUAUGUCACCCAAAACAUCAGGGAUGCCAUCAGAACAGCAAAGAGCUUUAUGCUAAGUUAAACGUAACCUUAACCCUUGGCUAUGAGCCUACAACCCCAUUUGUGACCAUAACAUAUAAAGUUGCCUCAGAAAACUUGUUUGCCCUUCCUCAUUACUAGGGCUGCCUGAAAAACAGCUCCAUUAGCAAUAUGAUGCGAAUGAAUAUCCAUGAGCGCUCUACAUCCCACAUUGGUAAUAGAUAACGGUAAGCGAUUAGCCAUAAUAGAAAAUGUAAAGAAAUCCAUUAUAAAAUCCCCCUCACUGUCAGCAAUAAUGUACAGUGGCUUAAGUAGAAGGAUGACAUGGUAUGUAAGAGUCAAAGGGACCAGCCAAAUAUACCAUGGUAAUUACUGAGGUGUAUCACACAGUUCCCUCAGUUUACAUUCAAAAUGAGGAUGAAGUCAAUGAAAUAGACAAAUAGUAUUUCUGUAUAAUGAACUCGUACUGAAAAAGGUCUGCAACCAUUUAUGUGUCAGCUUUGUAAGGAGAAAACAAUGAUCACUCUUUAAACAAAAGCCUCUGCUUUAGGGCUGCAACUAUUACUUUUAUUAGAGAUUAAUCAGCCAAUUAUUUUCUAAAUUAAUCAAUGAGUCAUCUAUGAGUCAGAUCCAUGAAAUGUCAAAAAAAUAGUGAAAACUUCCUGUUAUGAUUUCUGACAGCCUGAGGUCAGGUAUUCAAAUUCCUUAAUUUAUUCCACCAAUAAUCACUAUUGUAUAUGAGAAGAAACAGGAAAGGCAAUAAAUCCUCACAUUUGGAAACAGCAAAUGAAAAAUUACUAAUCAAUUAUAAAUUAAUCAAUUAUCAAAAUAAAAUCCUCUAGGGCUGCAACUAAAGAUUAAUUUCAUUAUAGUUUAAUCUGCCAAUUAUUUUUUCAAUUAUUGUUUGGUCUAUGAAGUGUCAGAAAAUAGUGGAAAAUGCCUGUAGCAAUUUGGUGAGGUCUUCAGAUUAUUCUUUUUGUCCAACAAAUAGUCCAAUAUCCAGAGAUAUUUAAUUAACCAUCACAUUAGACAAAGAAAAGCAGCAAAUCUUCAUAUCUGAGAAGCUGGAACUAGGGAAUUGUUUUGCAUUUUUGCCUGAAAAUUAACUUUAACAAUAAAUUGAUUAUUAAAAUAGUUCUAGAAUAUUUUUUUGUGCUAGACUAUAGACAAUAACUAUUUCUAUUAACUGCUGAAAUAAAUUCUGUAAUCAUAAAAUGCUGUCCUCUCUGUCUAAGGAGAGCAAACAAGGCAGCUGUUGAUGCCAGGCUGUAUAAAAGCAACAGAGUGUGAGGAUCAGGUGGACAGAAGGUAGGUACAGUAAGAAAAGGGUGCCUGUCCCAAUCUUGCAUCUGUAACUGGUAAUUUGGCAGCUGCUGAGCCUGUACGUGCACAGAAUCUAUGGUCUGUGCACACAUUGGAAUGUCCUCAUCAAGGCAAACAGGACUGCUGAAGGAGGCUCUAAGCCGCUUCACUCGUUUUUACCAUCGUAUUUAUCCUCUCUGUUUCAUGAAGUUUAAGUGGACCCUAACAGAACUCUAGUCAAGUGCUGUGAGCGGGGUCUGCCAGGCGUCAUCCUCAGUUAUCAGCAAUAAUAUUCACAUUUGCUGAGUUGUUAGAGCAAGUUAAUUCCCAUUUCAAUAGCUAAAGUUUAAUUGCGUGUGCGCCCCAGCAGGCUCAUGCCAUCGCUUUCAGGGGCAGAGAAACAGGAUGUGUCCAAGUGAAAUAAUUGGCCCAGAGAUCAGCAGUGGUUCUAAAUUACACUCUUUUGCUCACUCUCUGUAGCUGCCUCCAUAUUCCCACAGUAUGAACAGCAGCAGCAAACAGAGGAGUUUUUAACAGAUGCAGAAGCACAAAGGGGAUUUAAUAAAUCCCCAAUGCUGGUUAAGUGGGAAAAAUCUGAUAUGUUAGAGAACAUGUCUCUUUUCAGGGCUCUCUGCUGUGUGUUCUGACCUGUAAUAAGGCAAAAGGAGGGUAUGUUCUUAUAAACAAUAAAGUAAUAAUCACACCCAGGGAAAAAAAGCUUAAUUUUUGCAUCUGACAAAGCAGUAGCAGGGUAAAAAAAUGAUUCCUUCAAGAAACAUAUAAGGAAUCCCCCCCCCUCCCGUUUCUUAAAAUGUUACAACUUGGUUUUGUGAUGUUUUCUGUUUUGUUGAAACAGUCUUGACUCUGGCCUGAUGUGAUGUGGUACUGUAAAUCGUAUCAGCUCAACCCUCUUCCCAAAUAAAACAUAGAAAAAAUUAAAAAAUAAAAUAAAAAAAAUAAAACAAAGGAUGGGAAGAAGGGAGCGCACAUCUGUUUCAGUCUCUCCAGGUUGUCAUGGUAACAGUUGCCUUACAGUUGAAUACCCACCUGUACACAGACGCUUUGUAGUGGUUGAUACCUCACUUUUUGGGUGUGGUAGUGGUGAUGAUAAUGUGCACCACGUUCUGUCUAUGUAUUUACUACUAGAUAGAAUGUUCAGUACCGUUUUCAGUUGGAUUGUUAUUGCACUUGUUGACUUUGUAUUGUCACGACAGGGAAAAAUAAAGUUUUAUCUUUUCCAGUGUGUUUAAA